AUGCUCUCGGCGCCGCCGUCCACCACGUCCUCGGGCGACAGCAUAUCGCCCCGCCUCAGCCACGUGAGCUCCGUGCCCAGUGCGUUCUCUGCGCCGUUGCUGCAGACAGAUCAGAUCGGGUCGCUGGCUGGACUGUUCCCCGGUUCCCAGCUGGGCAUCCUAGCCUCGGGAGCGCUGGACAAGCGACGGGACGGCGCUGUACGGGGUGGCUGGACCAAGCGUCUCUUUGUGCUGUCCACGCGCAGUGUGCACUACUACCGCAAGACAGAGGAGGCGGAGCUCUUUGGCAAAGAGCGCGGCCACGUACUGCUGGCCGACAUUUCGUACUCGAAGGUCGUGCUGCCGACUGACGCUCCUGCUGGUGCUGUUGAGCCUGGACGCGUGUCGUAUUACAUUGCCGUACUGUCGAAACGAAAGACGCUGUUACUGUUUCUGCGCGCGGACUCGCUCGAGUAUGCUAGCAGCUGGGUCAGCAUUAUCAACAAUGCCGUGCAUACGGCGAAAAGCGUCGACUUUGCGCCACGAUGGACAGCAGAGACUAUGCAGAUGUUUGUUUCAGCGACUUCCGGCAACGACGAAGAGAUCGAAGAAGUAGUGGCGGAAUCACCUACGAAGAUGGAAACGGCGACGACGCCCGUUACGCGUCCGAUACCUUCCGUGCUUGUCGUUAGUAUGAUCGUUGGACAGUCGAGCGUAUCGGACUCGAUGGAACGGCUAGUCAAGCGAAAUAUUGAGCUUUGUACGGAACUGCAGCUGGGUGUAUUCGAGCAAAAGGACGUGUGUGUUAUCAUGCUGAGUGACGGUGAAGAGAUCCGCGUUUCGCGGUACAUGCUGGGAAACGAUAUUGAAAGUCUACUUACAAGCACCAAGCAGCUUGACCUGACGACUCCAGUACGCAGUCAAUUACCGCGAUCUCAGACCAUGUCGAUGUCCCGAGUAUCGGUUUCUUUCCGAUGCGUACGGCCCCCCCCAGUACCUAUUGCACGACGAGAGUCGAGCCCCCAGCCAGUGAUGUCGUCGCUACCAUCGACGUUCACUGUGACUUUUCCCGGCAUGUUAGGCGGACUCUUCCUGAUAUGCUGUUUGGUGUCUUCUUACUGCGCGGCACCUUUUGUCGGGCUAAUGAAGAUCACGAUCGUGCUCGGCUUUGUCCUCUCUGUCUCGCAAAUCGCGCAGUUCGUCAUUUGUUUAUCGGAUGGCCAGAGCCGCAAGCGCUUGAGCUACGUUUUGCUACCGAUUUGCGGGUCUCGAAAAGCUGUGUCUACAGUGGAAAAUGAACUCGUAUACUACUUGACGAUCAACAAAGUCGAAGUGAAAGAAGUAGAUCAAUUUGGCGAGAUCGCACUGCCCGACACGGCGUCAUCUGUAGCGAUUGCAAGUGACCCUUCGGAGACUGAAGUGAAAGCAAUCAGUGGUGGACCGAUCGCGUUUUCACCUCGCUUUAUUGCCGCUGAAAAGGGCGAUGUCGCAAAGGGCCGAGCAAGGUACCUGGCUACGCUGGAGUGGCGCAAGAGCAGCGGCAUCGACGACAUCUUGGUGAGGCCGCAUCCAAACUUUGAAAUUAUCAAAAAGUAUUACCCCCAGUAUUUCCACGGCAGGAGCCGCGAGGGUCUACCCGUAUACUAUGAACGGCCAGGAAAAAUCGAUCUCGCAGCACUCAAGCGUGAAGGACUCUCGAUGGAUGAUCUGCUGCGUCAUUAUACGUACGUGACAGAGUACCUCUGGCGCGUGGUCGAGCCAGACGACGCAGGUCGCUCGAUCACGGUGCUGGAUGUGACGGGUAUCGGCAUGUACGACCUCGGCGGAGAGGUGCUGGACUUUAUCAAGCGCGCGUCUGCGUUCACGGGUGCCCAUUACCCCGAGCGUAGUGCCCACAUUCUAAUCAUCAACAUCCCUGGCUGGUUCAACAUGGUUUGGCGCAUCGUGAAGCCGGUGAUCGACCCUGUAACACGCGAAAAGGUCCACAUGCUCAAAGGGGGCUCUGCCAUUCUCCGCGAGCUGGAGAAAUUGAUUGACAUCAGGAACAUUCCGUCGGACUUUGGAGGCGAGAGUGCAGCGUUGGGUGACUCAAUGGAAGAGCAGGCGUUAGCAACGCACGUGAAGAAGUACCUGUGA